AUGGAAGAAGAUGACAACGAAUCUAACUCCUCCUCUUCUGUGGAUGUGGCAAAGACCAUUGCAAAGGUCCGAAAGAGGAGAAUGCUUGCAGAGAUGAGGAGGGAAAGGCAGGAGGAGCGCAAAAGGCAGGAGGAAGCAGAGGCAGAAGAGUUGGCAGAGGAGUUGGAGAUCGAGAAAGAGCUUCAGAAGCAGAGAGAAGAAGAAAUGGCAAUUGCAGCCGAACAUGAUCGCAUCAGAGAAGCAAAUAUGAAAGCCACCACUUUAGGUCAAUUCGACUUUGAUGAAGACUUGGAAGAGACACCUCCUCCUGCCCUCCUCCCACGGAAAAGGGGGCUUAUGCCGGGAACUUAUGGUGUUCCCUACCACCUCUCUAACACCCCUCCCCCCUGGGCAUCUGAUCCAUUUAUGGGAUUCCCACCCGUUCCUUCGCAAGGACAAAAGGCAAGGCCCGCCAGUGCUCCUACUGUACCAGUGGCAGCUGCAGCCGUACUACCGAAUGAUGGAAGCCAGAACAACAAGAAGAAGAAGCAGGCUAAAAAGCCAAAGAAGAAUCCGGAGGAAGAAGAAAAGAAACAGCAGCUGAUUGAAGCAAUGCUCGAUCACUUCUCAGCAGAAAAAAAGGAAUUAAUCACUUGCCAAGACGAAGUUGAUACCAGGAAAGAAUCUGAUAAUGACACCCACUCAGUGGCCAAAUGGUAUACACUCUUCAAAGGCACAGCGAACGAGCAGCUUCUUGAUUUGGCUACAUUCAAAAGCACUCAAAUUCGGCGACUGGCAAAGGACUGUGGUGUAAAACGUGCUGGAACGAUGACACUUUUCGAUGCAAGGAAGCACAUCGCGUUAUCCAUCAACAUGGGAACCCUGUACAACGACAAGUUGAUUGCCAAUCCACAUUCAAGCAGGGAGGAAAAGAAGCUGCAAACUUGGUGGCGAGUGGCCAAUGCAGUCUUUCACAAGAAAUUCGUGAGCAGAUUCUGCGAGCUUAACGACAACAUGAAGCGAGAACAUUAUGAAGCUGCACACGGCGGAAACCCAAUCAAAAGUUUCUGGUUGGAGGUGUCUGAGUUUGUUAAUGAUACCCAAAACAAUCCUGUCUUGAGCAUUGUUCUUUACAGUGACCCUGACGUUUACAAAGAUGGCGAUUUGGAUGAGCGGCUUUAUGAGUGGGUGACUGAGGAAGAGCCAAACCUGAACGAUUUUUCCCUGCAAACCUACGCUUCAUGCCAGCAGUUGAUGAGCGAUGCAAUGAAAGCCAGAGAGGAGUGCUUGAAAUAA